AUGUCUCUACAAAUCCCCCAUCGGGAAAAGGCCAAUGGCUCGCACGCCACCACCAAGGCUGUCAUUUUGGUUGGCGGUCCCUCGAGAGGAACCCGCUUCAGACCUCUAUCGCUGGACCUUCCAAAGGUGAACAAACAGCCCCUUUUUGAAGUUGCAGGGCAUCCUAUUGUCUGGCAUUGCCUCACCGCUAUCGCCAAAGUCCCUGCCAUCCAGGAAGUAUGCAUGAUUGGAUACUACGAGGAGGGCGUCUUCCGCGACUUCAUCAAAGACUCCACGAAGGAAUUCCCCCAGCUCAAGAUUUUCUACCUGCGCGAGUACCAAGCUCUGGGAACGGCCGGAGGCCUCUACCACUUCCGCGAUGCGAUUCUUAAGGGCAAGCCCGAGCGCUUCUUCGUUCUCAAUGCCGACGUCUGCUGCUCCUUUCCAUUGAACGACAUGCUCAAGCUUUUCGAGGACCGGGACGCAGAGGCUGUGAUUUUGGGCACACGGGUGAGCGAGGAUGCCGCGAGCAACUUUGGGUGCAUUGUAUCAGACGCACACACCCGCCGAGUCCUGCAUUACGUCGAGAAGCCCGAAUCGCACAUCUCAAGCCUGAUCAACUGCGGCGUCUACCUCUUUGCCACCGAGUGCAUCUUCCCUUCCAUCCGCAGCGCUAUCAAGAAGCGCACUGAGCGCCCCCGCCUCGUCUCCUACCCCUCCUCCGAGAACCUCGAAUCUUCCUUCUUCCAAGAAGACGACGAUGCAGAGAAGCAGGACAGGGUGUUGCGCUUGGAGCAGGAUAUCUUGAGUGAUUUGGCAGACAGCAAGCAGUUUUUUGUCUACGAGACCAAGGAUUUCUGGAGACAGAUCAAGACUGCUGGCUCAGCUGUCCCCGCCAACGCGCUGUACCUGCAAAAGGCCUGGCAGACGGGAUCGACAGAGCUGGCCAAGGCAUCUGCGAAUAUCCUCCCACCAGUUUUCAUCCACCCUACCGCCACGGUUGAUCCUACCGCAAAGCUUGGCCCCAAUGUCUCCAUCGGUCCUCGUGCCCAAGUUGGGGCUGGUGUCAGAAUUAAGGAGUCUAUCGUCUUAGAGGACUCGGAGAUCAAGCACGAUGCGUGCAUUCUCUACUCCAUCAUUGGGUGGAACAGCCGAGUUGGUGCCUGGUCUCGUGUUGAAGGUACUCCUACACCUGUCAACAGUCACACGACUAGCAUCAUCAAGAACGGCGUCAAAGUCCAGAGCAUCACUAUCCUUGGUAAGGAGUGUGGCGUUGGAGACGAGGUCCGGGUUCAGAAUUGCAUUUGCUUGCCUUUCAAGGAGUUGAAGCGGGAUGUUUCCAACGAGGUGAUCAUGUAA